ACAAAUUUAUUUUUCGUUUACUUUUGAAAAGGGUGGGGUGUAAACCUGAGCCUUUAAGAAAGCUCUGAAAAUUACAUUUAAGAACUGUCCAGGCAAGUGUGAACCUCAUAAUUAAAACAGCUCCUGCCAGAGAGUCUGCAGACAGUUCAGCAAUGUAUGCCUGGAUCUAUAAAAAGCGCAGUGUGCCACUCUUUUUCUUCAUUAUUUCUGGAAUUUUUGCCAUCUUUUUCUUCUUCAGCAUUUACAGCAGCUUGCAAAACAUUACCAAGAAACAGGUAUCAGUAACCAAAACUGAGAUUGAGACUACAACUCCUCACCACUUACAUCCAAAAGUCAUACCUGAGUGCAAAGAAAACACAUCCGUGGCCACCAUCAGUGGCUUCUCAGAACUAGCAACCCACAUAAAGGAUUUCCUGAAGUACAAGCACUGCAGGAACUUUGAGAUGAUCCAUGAUAUUCCAAAUAAAUGUGAUGGACCUCAGCAGACAGACAAGGUCUUUCUCUUCCUUGCGAUCAAGUCAUCACCAAAUAACUACGAGCGCCGAGAAGUUAUCCGGAAAACAUGGGGGCAGGAAAGAAUAUACAGAGGAAUGCAAAUAAGAAGGAUUUUCAUAUUAGGAGUAACUUCAGAAGAGAAGGAAAAAAAGAAGUUCCAACAACUGAUCCAUAUUGAAAACCAACAGUAUGGAGACAUUCUUCAGUGGGACUUUUAUGACACGUUUUUCAACCUCACCUUAAAACAAGUCCUUUUCUAUGAAUGGUUUAUCAAGCACUGCCCCUAUGUGAAUUUUCUUUUCAAUGGUGAUGAUGACAUCUUUGUCAAUUCAGGUGACAUGGUGCAGUACUUAGUAGGUCUAAAAGGGAAUAAUGGUGAUAAACAUUUGUAUACUGGACAGCUUAUUGCUAAUGUGGGUCCAGUUCGUCACAAAUCAAGCAAAUAUUAUGUACCUGAACAAGUGUACCCAUCAGAUUCUUACCCACCAUACUGUACAGGUGGUGGGAUUAUGAUGUCAAGAUUUACAGCCAGAGAAAUCUAUCACGCAUCUCUAAGUAUUCCAAUUAUGCCAAUUGAUGAUGUAUACCUUGGUAUUUGCCUAGAAAAGGUGGGCUUAUCACCUGCAUCUCACAUGGCAGUAGCUGUUUUUGGUAUACAAGUCACUUCUGUAUCUAUAGAUUCUUUUGAUCCUUGUUUUUACAAGGAGUACCUGGUCGUUCAUCGUUUACUGCCGUAUGAGACAAUAGUGAUGUGGGAAGCUGUACAUGACUCAAACCUAAAAUGUGUGGUUUCAAAAUUAUAAAUGAGCCUGCUGGUAACCACAGUGGUCCAUUAAAUGCAUAUAUUUAUAGUGUCAUGUUAAUCCUGUAUUACAUUUACAGUGAGGGACAUAUGAUGGUGAAAUAAAUUCAAUUUACAGUAUUCUGACUAUAAUGCUCUGAGCCACUGUAUUUCUAAAAGACAGCUGGUGAAUACUUUUUAGGCUAACAAUGUAAAUUUGUUUCUGGUGCUGGAGAGAGUGACGUCAUUGUAGAAAUUAUACUUUGCAUUACAAAUGGUACUAAGGUAAUUGGUUGAAGCAAUUACUGAUGCAUGAUGGGAACCAAUUACAUUAUCAUACUUCAGAACUGAUUAGUAACAAGAUCUGAGAUGCCCUGACAUUGGUGCCUUUAAUUAUAUAAUUACUUGUAAUAUUGUACAGACCAGUGGGAAGUCCUUCAAAUGCAAAAUGGUGACAGUGGAAGGAGACUGUGAAACUUAUGUUUGUUGGUUUGUACAGCUAGCCAUUAUAUAGUUACAUUCAUCUUUGGUUUUGCAUAUCUGCUUCUUUCCCUGCCCCACCAACUCUAAAAUGUCUCCCUGGAAUCACACUACACCAUUCACAGAUAGAGAAACGGACAUCGGUCCACUGCCUGCUCAAUGGAUUAACGUCUUCUUGACUUGUGUCUCUUUGGCCCCUUCUCCACCUGGUCCUGUCUUUUUUAUCUAAGGUACCUACCCUGAUGACCCAGAUAACUUAUCUUCUGUCCUUCCUUCAUCCAUGCUAUACAUGCCCAAUGCUGCAAGUCUGUCCAUGUACUGUGGUUCACCUACUGAUAUGAAUUUUGUUACCACUUUGCUGCCUAUCUUCCUCCAGUCACUUAAUGCAUUUCUUUUAGCAAGGCCUUCUACAAGUGCAAGCAAUGCCCUGAAAGUCAUUUUCUUAAUUCUUCAGGGACUGAAAAUACUAAGUAUUAAACUGUUCCUUAAAUCUCUGAUGCAGCAUAUUUGAAUGGUACUAGAAAAUGUUGUGUGUUAUUUUUCUUGAUUUCUGUUGGAUCUUUUUUGCCUUUUUUUAGGUUCCUGACCCAGAGACUCCC